GGGCCCCCGGGCGAGCAGGUGGCAACCGGGCCCCCCGGGCGGAGCGGCAGGCACCGGGCCCCCGGGCGGGGCAGCAGGCACCGGGCCCCCGGGCGGAGCAGCAGCACCGGCCCCCGGGCGGGGCGACAGGCAUCGUGCCCCCCAGGCGGGGUGACAGGCAUCGUGCCCCUGACAGGCGGGGCGACAGGCAUCGUAUCCCCAGGCGGGGCGACAGGCAUCGUGCCCCCAGGCGGGGCGACAGGCAUCGUGCCCCCAGGCGGAGCGGCGGGCGCCGGACCCCCAGGCGGAGCGACAGGUCUCGGGCCCUCAGGCGGAGCGGCGGGCGCCGGACCCCCAGAUGGACCGACAGGUCUCGGGCCCUCAGGCGGAGCGGCGGGCGCCGGACCCCCCAGGCGGAGUGACAGGUCUCGGGCCCUCAGGCGGAGCGGCGGGCGCCGGACCCCCAGGAGGGGAGCGACAGGUCCUCGGGCUCUCAGGCGGAGCGGCGGGCGCCGGACCCCCAGGUGGAGCGACAGGUCUCGGGCCCUCAGGCGGAGCGGCGGGCGCCGGACCCCCAGGUGGAGCGACAGGUCUCGGGCCCUCAGGCGGAGCGGCGGGCGCCGGACC